AUGACAUCAUUAUUUUCAUCUUUAUCUUCUGUAAAAAAAUAUAAAAUAGAACAUUCAUUUGUUCCAUUAGUUGUUUCAUCUGAAUCAUUUAUAAUAAUUUAUGAAGAACAUCCUCGACCAUUGAUUCGUUUAUUUAAUAGAAAAAUUGAAUUUAUAAAUGAUUAUAAAUUAUUAAAAGAAAAUCGUUCAAUGUCAUCGAUUUGUUCAACAAAUGAUCGACGUUUAUUUAUUUUAUAUCGUUUUGAUGAUUUAUUUGUUCUUGGUUUACUCAUUGUUGAAUGGAACGGUAUAUGGCGUGUUGAUAUAUUUUCAUCAUCAUUACAUAAACUUCAUACAGGUUUUCGUUUUAAUGGAUGGACACGUGAUACAUGGCUUUCAGAAUGGUCUCCUCAUAAAUGUUGGUUUGUUGGAAAUAUACAUCAUUUAAUGAUUAAUUCUAAAGGACAACCAAUUAAUAUUGAAAAGAAUCGAUUUGAUUUCGAUAUCAAUAAUAUAACUUGGAUGAUUAAUAAAAAUAAUCAUCAAAUUAAAAUGAUUGUAACACGAGGAGAAAAUUUUCUUACUUUUUUAAAAUAA